CACAGUAAAUUUAUUUAAAUUUUACAUUUUUACCAUUACAGUAAUAAUUAAGUAUUAAGUAAGUUUUAUAGGUUAAUACCUUCUACACAUUUUAUUGACGUGUAAAAAUAAACUUGUAACAUAAGUAAAAUAAUUGAUUAACAAAGUUUAAUAAAAGUGCUUCGUCAAUAUAUCAUACAGUAACGAUUUCACCAACCAUGGCGAAUUUUGAAGAAAAAAAGCAUUUUAUAAUUCGUAACCUUCAAGAGGUUUUAGGAGAAGAAAAGAUUAAUCAAAUUUUGAAAGAAAGGGACCUGAAGAUUUAUUGGGGUACUGCUACUACUGGACGUCCCCACAUAGCUUAUUUUGUACCUAUGUCGAAGAUAGCCGAUUUUCUGAGAGCUGGCUGUGAGGUGACAAUCUUAUUUGCAGAUUUACAUGCUUAUUUGGAUAAUAUGAAAGCUCCUUGGGAUUUAUUAAUCCUUCGCACCCAAUACUAUGAAGCUGCUAUCAAAGCAAUGCUUCAGUCUAUUGGUGUUUCACUAGAGAAACUGAAGUUUGUUAGAGGUACUGACUAUCAACUUAGUAAGGAAUAUACUUUAGAUGUUUACCGUAUGUCUUCAGUUAUUACUGAACAUGAUGCAAAGAAAGCUGGCGCAGAGGUAGUGAAACAAGUUGAGCAUCCAUUAUUAAGUGGCUUGUUGUAUCCUGGGUUGCAAGCCCUUGAUGAAGAGUAUUUGAAAGUUGAUGCUCAGUUUGGGGGUGUUGAUCAGAGAAAAAUAUUUACAUUGGCUGAGAAGUAUCUUCCAUCACUUGGAUAUGCUAAGCGAUCCCAUCUUAUGAACCCUAUGGUUCCUGGUCUGACAGGUGGAAAAAUGUCAGCAUCCGAGGAGGACAGUAAAAUUGAUCUAUUGGAUAACCCAGCAAAUGUAAAAAAGAAACUUAAGAAAGCUUUUUGUGAACCUGGAAAUAUCAUUGAUAAUGGAGUUUUAUCUUUCAGUAAACAUGUAAUAUUUCCAUUACUAAAAUUAAGUGAGACUUUUAAGAUUUCUAGAGCACCAGAUCAUGGUGGUGAUAUUGAAUUUACCAAUUAUGAGGACUUAGAAGCAGAAUUUGCUAAGCAGAACAUUCAUCCUGGAGAUUUGAAGCUGUCUGUUGAACAAGCAAUUAAUAAACUCUUAGCACCAAUUCAAGAAAUAUUCAAAGAUCCCAAACUGCAGGAGCUAUCAAAAAAAGCAUAUCCACCACCAACAAAAAAUAAGGGUGCUAACAAUAUUGAUGAGAUAACCCCAUCAAAGUUGGAUAUACGAGUAGGCCAAAUUGUAGAGGUUUCAAGACAUCCAGAUGCUGAUGCAUUGUAUGUGGAAAAAAUUGAUUUAGGUGAAGGAGCACCUAGAACUAUUGUGUCAGGUUUAGUCAAUUUUGUACCUAUAGAAGAAAUGCAAAAUAGGAGUGUUGCUGUACUGUGUAAUUUGAAACCAGCAAAAAUGCGUGGGAUAGAGUCCAGAGGUAUGGUGCUGUGUGCAUCAAUUGAUGAACCGAAACAGGUAGAGCCAAUAUUGGUCCCAGAAGGCAGUAAGCCAGGUGAUAGAAUUGUUGUGGAAGGAUAUGAAACAGGGGAGCCAGAUGAUGUACUUAAUCCCAAAAAGAAAAUUUGGGAAAAGCUACAAGCUGAUUUGAAAACAAAUGAUAACUUAGAGGCUGUUUGGCAAGGAAAUAAACUUAUCAGUAAAGUAACUGGUAAUGUAGUUACCACUAAGUCCAUCAAGAAUGCUCCUAUAAAGUAAUUAUAAUUAUAUCAAAUUACACCCUGAUUUAUUUGCUACAGUUUAAUGACAAUAACAAAUAGAAUAUGUCAGUCAUUGAUCAAUAAUGACAAAAAAGUAAUAUUUUGUUUUUUUUUUAUUUAAAAUUGUUAUAAUUUAAUAAAAAUUAACGCGC